GCCACGUAUUUUGUCACCGAGGCAGGGUAACCCAUGGUAACUAAGCUCGGAUCGGUGAAGGGGCAGAGAGCCUCCCCUCUCUACUGCUCUAUAAAAGAGACCCAGGAAAGGGACCCUAGCAGCCUCGAGCUCUCGGCGUGGGUGAAGGUGUGGGAAGAAACGCCUAAGGUCUCUGCGGCAGAGCGCACCAGCUGCAGAGACAAGGCCAGCAUGUCACCGAACUUCAAACUCCAGUGCCACUUCUUCUUGAUCCUCCUGACAGCUCUGAGGGGAGAGAGCCGCUACCUAGAGGUGCAAGAAGCCACGGACUAUGCCCCUUUCCUGCUCUUCAGCGCUAAUCUGAAGCGGGACCUAGCCGGGGAGCAACCAUAUCGUCGGGCUCUGCGAUGCCUGGACAUGCUGACUCUCCCUGGUCAGUUCACCUUCACCGCUGACCAGCCGCAGCUGAACUGCGCUGUCUUCUUUAUCGGGGAACCCGAGGAGUUCAUCACAAUCCACUACGACCUGGUCUCUAUCGAUUGCCAGGGUGGGGACUUCCUGAAGGUAUUUGAUGGCUGGAUCCUCAAGGGGGAGAAAUUCCCAAGUUCUCAGGAUCACCCUCUACCCACCAUGAAGCGGUACACAGAUUUCUGUGAGAGUGGUCUUACCAGAAGGAGCAUCAGAUCUUCCCAGAAUGUGGCCAUGGUCUUCUUCCGGGUCCAUGAACCAGGAAAUGGAUUCACAUUAACCAUCAAGACAGACCCCAACCUCUUCCCUUGCAAUGUCAUCUCCCAGACCCCGAGUGGAAGAUUUACUCUAGUGGUCCCACACCAGCACCAAAACUGCAGCUUCUCCAUCAUUUACCCUGUGGCAAUCAGAAUCUCUGAUCUCACCCUGGGACACUGGCAUGACCUCCAGUUAAAGAAACCCACGGCCGGGUGUGGUGGGACUGGUGACUUCGUGGAGCUGCUGGGAGGAACUGGAUUGGACCCCUCCAAGAUGAUGCCUUUAGCGGACCUGUGCUUCCCCUUUCUCGGCCCUGCCCAGAUGAAAAUCAGCUGUGACAACGCUGUGGUGCGCAUGGUCUCCAGCGGGAAACACAUUAACCGCGUGACAUUUGAGUACCGUCAGCUAGAACCGUUCGAGCUAGAAGCCUCUAAUGGGAAUAGCAUCCCGGAAUUCUGUUUGUCUAGUCUUUGAAUGGCCGGCGCAGGUACUGACAUUCUGCUAGCUGAGCGAACUCUUGACGGUUAUCGUAUAUGAUCCUGAUGGGCAGCAAGUGCAGAGCUUUCCCUGACAGUCACUACCCCAGGCCGUGAACACACGCAUACAUGAGCCUCAAUGUUGCUUCCUUUUGUUGUAAUGUGUCAGUGAACAGAAGGCAGACAACAGGUUGGAGCUGGAAUGCUUCAUGGUUCCGGUACGCUGCAUACGUGGACAGGUGAAGCGAGAGCAAAGCAGCGAGGAAAAUGGAGAUAUUGGCAGAUGCCACAAAGAGAAGAAAACGGCGGCCCUCCCAGUUUCAAUGCAGAAUUAAAAAAUGUCAGCGUCUUGGGCAUACCAAAAGAAUUGCACCUGUGAUUUUUUUACUUCAUACUUCUGCUUACAGGUUGUAGCUAGUAGUUAUUAAUGGGUAGUACUUGUUUUUUAAACAACACUUUGUAGCAUGGGAACAAAAAACUCUUGCCAUCCGUAAAUCCAAAUGUGAAUAAAAUAUAUGCAGAAUACUGGCA